AAGAAUGCCCAGCCCAGGCCACGGAGAGGAAUUGAACUUUUCCCUCCUCUCUGACUUCGGCCAACCUCGACCAUCGCUGUCUCUUAUUCGACCAGACUGUCGUUGACAUCUCUCUUUCGGUCUCUCGUUAUCGUGUAAUAUCCUACACUCGUUGAGACACCACAACGCACGCAAAAAGUACUUCGGGUACACAUAUCGUACACACGACACACCGUUAGUAGUUGUAAUACACAAACACACCCAACGCCAGCCAAAAUGCGUGUCGCCUCGAUCCUCCUCGCCGCUGGCCUCGCCGCCUUCGUGAACGCGCAGAGCACCACCAGCGGCGGUAACGCCCCCAGCACCACGCAGGACGCCGCCCAGGCUGCCGCCAGCUCGGCCCAGGCCGAGGUCCUUCGCUGCCUGGAGGCGUGCAAGGCUGGCGACGUUGAUUGCCAGUCUCACUGCAUUACGGUCCCCUCGCCGAACGAUGCACAGGUCAACGCCACCAACACCUGCGUCGCUGCCUGUCCCCAGGGCAAGGGCAGCGAGGCUGACACCGAGGCGUAUCGCCAGUGCGUCGGCCGCUGCAUCGGCGAGAACUACUACACCUCGUCGGCCGGCACCCCGCGGCCGACGGGCAGCACCGGUGGCGGUAGCAGCAGCGGCAAUGGCAACAGCGGCAGCGACAACGACAACGACAAUGACAACGACAAUGACAACGGCGGCGACAACGAUAGCGACAGCAACAGCCCGUCCGGCACCAGCGGCAACGGGGCUUCCCGGACCUCGACUGGCUCCGCGGCGGCGACUUCGAGCGGUGCCGCUGCCAUGAUUGGUGCUUCGUCCGGUGUGAUUGGAGCUGUCGGCUUCAUGGCUGCUGUUCUCGCUCUCUAA